UUCUAGCGAGUCGGUGUGUGUUUUUGCUUUGCUUGGUGUUAAUUUAUUUGGCACAAAUAUUUUAAAAUACUUAAAACGUGUUUAAAGUUUGAUCGUAUGAAAUAAGUGUACAAGAAAAGCUAUCAAAAAUGAGAAUAACAAACGUCCGGUCCGGUAGAAUAAUACGAAUAGGGAGUGCUUGCGCUAUUUUAGUUAUUCUUAUUUAUACUUUAUUCAAUUACUCACGAAGUGAGGCUGUAUCUGGAGAGCUCGGCGAAAGGACCUUCGAUGUCCAUCCCGAACAAUACAAAUCUCACAAAGAUGUAUAUCCGGUCUUAAAAACCGAACUUGGAAACUUUGAACCUAGAAAUAAAAGAUCUGUUAAUGGGCCCGGAGAAGGUGGACGUCCAUAUAACAUGCCACAAGAUCGUGCAAACGAUAUAGCGGAAGCCGAGAGUGAAUAUGGAAUGAACAUAGCUGCAUCUGAUGACAUUGCCAUGAACAGAACAAUACCAGACACGCGUUUAGACGAGUGCAAGUACUGGCAUUACCCCGAAAACCUCCCGUCCACUUCAGUCAUCAUCGUGUUCCACAAUGAAGGGUUUACUGUACUGAUGAGGACAGUCCACACCGUCAUUGACAGAUCUCCACCUAAUAUCCUACACGAAAUUAUACUGGUAGACGACUUUUCUGAUAAAGAAAACCUCAAAGAAAAUCUCGAUAAUUAUAUUAAAAGAUGGAACGGUAAAGUCCGACUGAUCAGGAAUGCGCAGCGAGAGGGUCUCAUCAGAACACGUUCACGAGGAGCUCAAGAAGCGACGGGCGAGGUCAUAGUUUUCCUCGACGCCCAUUGCGAGGUCAAUCUAAACUGGUUACCUCCACUUCUUGCUCCAAUAUACAGGGACUACAGGACGAUGACCGUGCCAGUAAUCGACGGCAUAGACCACAGAACCUUCGAGUACAGACCCGUGUACUCGCACGGAACGAACUACAGGGGUAUAUUCGAGUGGGGUAUGCUGUACAAAGAGAACGAAGUGCCCGAUAGAGAAGCGAGUCUUCACAAACACAGCUCCGAACCCUACAAGAGUCCGACCCACGCCGGCGGACUCUUCGCGAUUAAUAGAAAAUACUUCUUGAAGAUAGGAGCGUACGAUCCCGGUCUACUAGUUUGGGGUGGGGAGAACUUCGAGCUCAGUUUUAAGAUCUGGCAGUGCGGCGGCAGCAUAGAGUGGGUUCCGUGUUCCAGAGUCGGCCACGUGUACCGCGCAUUCAUGCCCUACUCCUUCGGAAACCUCGCGAAGAACCGCAAGGGUUCUCUCAUAACCAUCAACUACAAACGCGUGAUUGAGACGUGGUUCGACGAGGAACAUAAGGAGUACUUCUACACCCGCGAGCCGAUGGCGCGAUUCCUGGACAUGGGUGAUAUUAGCGAGCAGGUGGCCUUGAAAGAGAAAUUGCAGUGUAAGAGCUUCGGCUGGUUUAUGGAGAACGUCGCUUACGAUGUAUACGACAAGUUCCCGAAGCUACCCAAGAAUAUUCACUGGGGUAUGGUGAAGAAUAAGGCGAGCGGGCUCUGUAUGGACACUAUGGGCAAAGCCGCGCCCUCUUACAUAGGUACGUCGGCGUGUCACGGCGCGGGCAACAACCAGCUGUUCCGGCUGAACGAGGCGGGGCAGCUGGGCGUGGGCGAGCGCUGCGUCGAGGCCGACAACGACUCCGUCAAACAGGCCAUCUGCAGGCUCGGCACCGUUGACGGCCCGUGGAGUUACGACGAAGAUCUCAAUCAACUGAUACACAGGCUGCACAGCUUUUGUCUGACGCUGCAACCGCACUCCAAGACCCUCGCUCUAGCGCCAUGCGACCCCAACAACACGUACCAGAAAUGGACGAUAACACACAAAAAGCCCAACUGGUGAAAAUAGUUUAUAGUACUCUAGCAUUUAUUACUCUUAAAAGACAACUGGUGUGAAUCCUAUAAAUGCUAUUACUCAAACUGGUUACAAAAAUUUCUUCUACUUAACUAAGUGUGGCUAGUAGUUAAUGAUAGAAUAUUGCAUAUUUUAUCGAUUUAUCGUAACUUUUAAUGCAACUACAAAAUGAAAGAUCAAAGAUGGUAUAAAGCUGAUCGCACAAUCGUCACGCGAUACGCACCGAACGCGCCGCAUAGUUCACGAUAUGCGACGCGUUCGGUGCGGAGUGCGUACGAAUGUGUGAGGUUUCACAUCAUUUCAUACAACGAAUUCUAAAAUGAAUGAAUAAACGUGCGUGCUGAUAAAUGUACGAUCACCUUUAGUCAAUUUUAAAUCAAGUAACUGUCACAAACACUAAUACACAAAUAUUACAUUUUUAAUUAUUAUUUGAAACAAUGAAAUCGACAUUAGAUUCACACCAGUAACUCAAAUAACGCCGCGUAAAGUUUUAAAACUGCCUUAGCUCGUAGAAUAUUUUUGUAUUAUAAAUUAUAAUAUAAAAACUAACAAGGUUUUAUUUGUAUAAAUUCGAUAUUAAGUUUUAGGUAUGGUAUGUAAUAUGUAUAUUGAAAUUGGUAAAGUAUUUUUUGUUCUAUGUAUGGUAUUUUUGUUAUCUAAUAGACGUUAUGUGUACCUUUUAAGGAUUAGAUAAAAUUGUAAAUCAAAUUUUAAUUGAUGAUAUCGCAAUCGCAUUGAUAUACAAUAUUCAUUAUG